AAAGCCCGCAGUCAUGAGAUGCGCGAUCAUCGGAUGAAAAUCUCGGCUCAGAGUUGUGUGAUACAGGACGACAUCGUUUUGAAAGAUGGUUGAGAAAUUCGUGGGAACAUGGAAAAUGACCAACAGCGAAAACUUUGACGAAUACAUGAAGGCACUGGGUGUAGGUUUCGCAACUCGUCAGGUGGGAAACAGGACUAAACCAAACCUGAUCUUAUGUGUGGAUGAUCAAGGGUUAAUAUGUAUGAAAUCACAGAGUACCUUUAAAACCACUGAGAUUAAAUUCAAACUCAAUGAAGCUUUCGAGGAGACCACUGCAGAUGACAGAAAGACAACGACCGUCAUGAGUCUCGAGAACGGGAAACUCGUGCAAAAACAGACCUGGGAUGGCAAAGAGACGACGAUAGAGAGAGAGAUCACUGAUGGGAAAUUAAUAGCUAAAUGCGUAAUGGGUGAUGUUGUUGCUGUAAGGACAUAUGUGAAGGAGUAAUGAAGUUAUCCAAUCAGGAUUUAAAGAUCCCAGGCUCAGUUCAAUGAGCACAAAGCCAAAAUUAUUUCUCUCUUACUGAAAAUCCCCAUUUAUUUUUGACACCGAAGCAAUUGCUUGCUGACCAUUUUCAAAUGCAUUUAUUGUCAGUCUUUAUGGUGCUUUGAAUAAAAUUGUUUUUAUUUGA